AUGAGUACAGAAAACUUUCGUUUUUACAUCAAAACCCGUACUGCACUUAAUAUUCAAGCAAGAAUUAUUCAUGAUGAAUUGUAUUCUGUUUAUGGUGAUCAAGCUCCUUCUCUUAGAACAGUGGAAAGAUGGUCCAAGUUAUUUCGUGAUGGUCGAGAAGAACUUGAAGAUACAGCACGACCUCGUAGACCUAUCACUGAAACAACAUCUGAAAACAUCGAACAGAUUCGUCAGCUUAUCGAUGAUGAUCCUUAUCUUACAAUAGAAGAGUUACAAGAGCAAACUGAUUUAAGUUACGGUACGAUUCAUCGAAUCAUCACCAAUCAUUUAAACCUUAGGAAAAUUACCGCACGUUAUAUACCGAAAGAUCUUACUGAUUUUCAACGGGCUGAACGAGUUCGAAUAUGUAAAGAAAACUUAUCAAAAUUUCAACAAGGAACAUGGCGAUUAUGUGACAUAAUUACUGGUGACGAAUCGUGGUUUUAUCAUAAACAGAUUGGUCGAAAGUCGUCAAAUGCAGCGUGGGUGAGAAGAGGAGAUCCUCCACCUACUGUAGUUCGUCAAAUACCAAUGCGUGCAAGUUCCAUUGAUAUUCAUCCCAAUGCAAAAUGGGCACAGAAUGGUAUCACUGUUGCUGGAGGAAAUGGGAAAGGCAGUGACACCAAUCAACUCAAUAAGCCAUGUGGUUUGUACGUCGACGAUGAUCAAACGAUUUAUGUCGCUGAUUAUUAUAAUCAUCGUAUUGUGGAAUGGACAUCUGGUGCAACGAAUGGGAAAGUAGCUGCUGGUGGAAAUGGAGAAGGAAAUGGAGCUCAUCAGUUAAAUCACCCAGUUGAUGUGAUUGUCGACAAAGAGAGCGAUAGUCUCAUCAUCAGCGAUAGCUGGAAUAGCAGAGUUGUUCGAUGGCCUCGUCGAAAUGGUACUCGUGGAGAAACAAUUAUUUCAAAUUUCUCUUGCUGUGGUUUGACAAUGGACGACAAUGGUUCUCUCUAUGUCAUUGACAUUGGACAACAUGAAGUGAGACGAUAUAAAAUUGGUGACACUAAAGGAACAGUAGUUGCAGGUGGUAACGGAAAAGGAAAUCGUCUCGAUCAACUCUCUGCGCCCCACUACGUAUUUGUCGAUAGAGAUCAUUCAGUUUAUGUGUCUGAUUAUCAAAAUCAUCGUGUAAUGAAAUGGGAAGAAGAUGCAACACAAGGUAUUAUCGUCGCCGGUGGUCAAGGAGAAGGAAAUAGUCUUACACAAUUGUGUUAUCCUAAUGGAGUCGUUGUCAAUCAAUUGGGUACUGUCUAUGUGGCUGAUUUCGGGAGUAAUCGAAUCAUGCGUUGGCCAAAAGGAUCCACACAGGGAAGUGUCAUUGUUGGUGAAAACGGUGAAAGAGCACAAUCGAAUCAACUCUUUCUUCCCAUAGGUUUAUCAUUUGAUCGACAUGGCAAUCUCUAUGUCGCCGAUUCCGGAAAUGAUCGAGUACAAAAAUUUAAUAUCGAAUGA